AUGACUAACCAUAUCCAUAGACAAUACACCUUACCUGGUGUUAUGCAUUAUUUGCAAACAGAAUUCACAAAAAAUGAACGUGAUAGGAUCACUUGGGAAUUAGAGAAAUCAGAGAUGAAGGCUUAUAUUAUGAAAUUAGAAGGUGAAAAUAAGGAUCUUCGUCAUAAGAUUGCAGAAUUACAGAUUCAAUCGAAUGAGAAAUUGGAUCUUGAUAAUGGUAUUUCGGGAGACUCCUCUCAAAAACCAAUUGAUUCAGAGAGUCUUAUGAAGGCUAAAGCCACUGUAGAGGACAACGUCAAAGAUAUAAUACAUUUAUUGAAUUCUCCUAGCGUGUUAUCGCAAUUCGAUUCCUUAAAUGGUAGGAAAGUACCAAUUCAUGAGAUGGAGAAUCUUUCGAUCAACAAAGACAUUAAUUCAAAAUACAUGGUACCGGAUUCAUUAUUUAAUAAUCAAACCAAAUCCCCAAUUGAGAGUCCCAUCACUACUAGCAGUUAUUCAGUAUCAGGGCAAUUCGAAAAGAAGGUAAACGUUUCAAACAAUAAACAAUUUUUAACCGUUUUUAAAAAUAAUAUACUUGUAACCCUUGAUGAUAAAUUGAAAAUAUUCCAUAUCGAUGAAGAGGCUCAAUGCAAUGAUACAGGGUUGACUAUUGAUCUGUUAAACAUGGACUUGGUGAAGGGAAUCUUUUGGUUAAGUAGUGAAUUUAUAAUGAUCCUUGAUAAUAAUGGUAUUAAAGUUUGGUCAUCAAUACAGCAAAGAAUAAUUAAUGAAAUUAACAUCUUUCAAGAGAGUGAGAAAAGUAAAAACGAAAUUCAAUAUGAUAAGAUUAAAAGUAUAGAUUUCAAGAAUAAAUGGUUAUUGAUGUCGAUCGAUAAUCACAUUCAGAUCCUGGAAUUAGAGGAUAUGAAGGAUCCUCAUAUGAUGUCUAUCAAAACCAGUUAUAUAAUCCAUUCUAAUAAUAUUCUGGAUGUUUUACUAGGAAUAACAGAGAUGUCCUUCAUGGUGCUUGCAUCGAAUCCAUUAGCUCUAAUAAUUUACAAUUUUGAAGGUGAGGCUUUACAAAGUAUUCAAUUGGAUAAGGAAAUUGCUGACAAGAUUACUACAAAAUCAGGAAGAUUAUACUUAAACAAAGAAAGCUCGAAAUUAAUAAUCCAACUGGAUAAACAUUUAAUAUUCUAUUCAUUUGAUCAGAAACGCAUUACUCUACAAUUCACAUUGAAUAGUCAACCAAAAUCAAUGUAUUUCAAAUACGCUACAGACACGGUAGGGAUAGCAUAUGAUGAUGGAACUAUUGAGCUUCGAGAAUUGCCAAAUUUUGCAAACGUGAUAAAGAAAUAUAUCCAUAAUCCUGAGAGUAAAAAGACAGCUCAAAAGAAUAUCAUCAUUGAGGCUACAAAGAUCAGUAACUUUGAAACAAUUCUAUUAUCGUUGAGUGAAAAUGUAUUGAAGUUGGAGACCUUUGAGGAAAAAUUAUGA